AGCAGUAUGGAUGCGGUUAUGAGGGGUGCCCCGCACCACAAGAUGGCAUGAUCAAUGUUCACUUAGUUCCGCAUAGUCAUGAUGAUGUCGGGUGGCUUAAAACUGUCGAUCAGUAUUAUUAUGGCAGUCGUAACAACAUCCAGAAAGCCGGUGUGCAGUAUAUUCUCGACUCGGUUGUGCAUGAACUGCUGAAAGAUCCGAACCGUCGUUUCAUCUACGUCGAGUCGGCAUUCUUCCAGAAAUGGUACUUGGAGCAAACUCCAGAGUUGCAGCAGCAGGUUCACAUGUUGGUCGAAGAAGGACGCCUGGAAUUCGUCGGUGGUGCCUGGAGCAUGAACGAUGAAGCAGCCGUACACUACCACAGCGUUGUCGAUCAGUUUACCUGGGGCUUACGGUUUCUGAACGACACGUUUGGCGAGUGUGGACGUCCACGCAUUGGAUGGCAGAUUGAUCCGUUCGGACACUCGCGUGAGCAAGCGUCACUGUUCGCUCAGAUGGGCUACGAUGGUCUAUUUUUCGCACGUCUCGACUAUCAGGACAAAAACAAUCGUAUGCAGACGAAAACUCCGGAAAUGGUGUGGUACACUAGCAACAGCUUGGAAGAGAACGAACUGUUCACUAGCGUGCUGUACAACCAUUAUUCAGCUCCUCCGGGUUACUGUUUCGAUGUGCUGUGUAACGACGAUCCGAUGAUAGACGAUCAGCAGAGCACUGAUUACAAUAUUAAAACUAAGAUUGACACAUUUAUCACCUGGUUGGAGAAGAUGGCCGAAUCUUAUCGUACGAACAAUUUGAUCCUCACCAUGGGUGAUGAUUUCAACUACAUGAACGCCGUAAUGAACUUUAAAAAUAUGGACAAGCUUAUCAAGUACACAAACGCACGGCAAUCAGAAGGAUCAAAGAUAAAUGCAUUCUACUCCACGCCCUCCUGCUAUGUUAAGGCGGUUCAUGCUGCGGGUGUUGAACUACCCACAAAGUCUGACGAUUUCUUCCCUUACGAAUCAGAUUAUCAUUCAUUCUGGACCGGUUACUACACUUCUCGACCUACCCAGAAGCGUUACGAGCGAGAAGGUAAUCACUUCCUGCAGGUUUGCAAACAACUAUCGGCCAUUUCUCCUGUGAAAGAAGACUUCUACGAAGCGCAUCUCACUGCGUUGCGUGAUGUGAUGGGAGUGAUGCAGCAUCAUGACGCGAUCACCGGCACUGAGAAGCAACACGUAGCGGACGACUAUGCUCGCAUGCUUUAUGAAGGUUUCGAGGCUUGCAGUGCCAAUGUCCGGUCGGCUCUGAACCAACUGACUGGAGAACGCGAGAACUUCAAGUUCGCUUGGGAAUACUGUAAGCAGGCGAACAUCAGUGCUUGUGCAUUGAGCGAGAACGCGGAAAGUACGAUUGUGUUGCUGUACAAUCCUCUCGGACACAGCUCGAACGAUUUCGUACGGCUGCCGGUGAAGGAAGGUCACUAUUUGGUGCGGAACGAUCGCGGACAGACGGUUCUAUCCACGUUGAUCCCGAUCCCGAGCUCAGUGAUCGAUCUUCCGUUCCGAGAAAGCGAGGCUACCCAUGAGCUUGUGUUCCAGGGUGAACAAGUUCCUCAAGUUGGCUAUAAGGCAUACUAUGUAACGAAGGAGGAGUCCAAAGCCUCAUCGUCCUCUGCAGAGAUGCGCCAGGAGGAUAAUGUGAGCAUCGGCAACGAGCAUCUGACGGUACACUUUGACGAGAACGGAUUCAUGAGCUCGAUCACGGUGCAGGGGGAGACCCAUGCUUUGAAGCAAAAUUUCUUGUACUACGAUGGAGCUCUUGGAAACAACGAGGAGUUCCGCAAUAGAUCAUCUGGAGCGUACAUCUUCCGGCCAAACGGUACCGAAAAGACUGUGACCGAUGUGGUUGAGAUUCAGGUGGUGAAGAGCGAUGUCGUCCAGGAAGUGCAUCAGAUAUUCAACGAGUGGAUCAGUCAGGUGAUUCGAGUGUAUGCAGGGCAAGAGCAUGUAGAGCUGGAAUGGUUGGUGGGAGCAAUCCCGAUCGAUGAUGGAAUCGGCAAGGAAAUAAUCUCUCGCUUUGAGUCUGACAUCAAGAGCGAUGGUGCGUUCUGGACGGACUCGAAUGGACGAGAAAUGCUGCGUCGUGUCCGCAACUAUCGUGAGACGUGGAACCUAGAUCUCGUUGAACCUGUGUCUGGCAACUACUAUCCAAUAACUGCGAAGAUCGCCAUCGAAGACGAACAAUCCCGAUUGGCGGUGCUGAACGAUCGUGCCCAGGGUGGAUCCAGUCUGGUAGAUGGUCAGCUCGAGCUGAUGGUUCACCGUCGGUUGCUUCGUGAUGAUGCAUUUGGCGUAGGGGAAGCCCUGAACGAAACGCAGUACGGAGCCGGAUUGGUAGCGCGUGGAAAGCAUUGGCUCAUCUUUGGCUCGUCACAGAAUGACGCGAGCCCUACGCUGCAGGCAAAGGAACGAUUCCUACAGAACAAAGUACUGCUUCCGAUUUGGCCGUUCGUCAUUCCUGUUGAUAAUUUAGUGACCUUUGACGAUUACCUUGCGAACCGCAACCUUUACUCGGCUAUCGCUCAACAGUUGCCACCGAACGUGAAUCUGCUCACGCUGGAACCGUGGAAAGAUGGAACGGUGCUCGUACGGUUUGAGCAUCUGUUCGAGAAGAACGAAGACCCAGUUUAUUCGCAAGCCGUGCGCUUCAACGUUCGCAGCGUGCUGUUCGCUCUGAACAUCGAAAGUAUCCAUGAAACUACCCUGGGAGGUAAUCAGUGGAAAGCGGACGUGAAACGUUUGCAGUUCACUACGGAGUCCGACAAUGAAAUUUCUCCCAAAGAUCAGGUUGAACAUAUGCCGGUGGUACAAGACCCUACGGACUUUGAUAUUGAGCUGCAACCGAUGGAGAUUAGAACGUUUGUGGUGCAGCGGCGUUAG